AUGGCUAAUGAAUCGAGGCCCUGCCCAUGUGAUAUUGGAGACAGGUUUGACUAUGGAGGCCGUGGGCAGGAAGUGCGAGUUGAGCACAUCAAGGCGUAUGUUUGCGAACCCCCUGCCAGCACAGACAAAGCUGUGAUUGUGAUUCAUGAUAUAUUUGGAUGGCAACUCCCAAACACCAGAUAUAUGGCUGAUAUGCUAACAACUAAUGGAUACAUAGCCAUCUGCCCAGACUUUUUUACAGGAAGAGAAGCUUGGAAGCCUUCUGAAGACUGGUCCAGGUGUGAAGAUCGGCUGAAAACUUGAGAUGCCAGGAAAAUAAACAAAGAAGCUGAUGUUGUCCUGAAAUAUCUAAAGGAACAGUGUGGUGCAAAGAAAUUAGGGGUCGUUGGUUUUUGCUGGGGUGGUAUUGCUACACGUCACCUGAUGAUGACAUACUCGGAAUUAAAGGCUGCUGCGUCUCUCUAUG